UUGCCAGCCAUAGCGCAGACAUGACAGCCUCGUAAUCAAGCUCAAUGGACAAUGCAGUUCUUAUUAGUUGGCUUUCAGUUCCAGCGUCUGAGCACGCAGUUGAUUACACAUGAGAAUGAUUCUCCUUGUCUGCUGUUUCAGCUGUAGUUGCAUCCACCUCCGCCGCUAUAUAAACAACGAAGCUGAAGCCCGGAAGACAACAUUGCAGCAGCUUGCCUUUGAUCUUUCUUCUCUCCCACUCUCAGAAGUUUCAGUGUUUCAAAGCUUUCACCAAUUCCAAGGAUGGCGUGCCACCUCAGAUCUGCUAGCAUGCCUUCGAGCCCUCGCUCCAGCGAGACCUCUGUUGAGGAACAGAUUCUGAGCCUGAAAGCAGCCAUCUCUCUGCCUUCAGUGACCAUCGAAACCAUGGUCGAUGGUCUGAGCAAGCUCAGGAGCAUCUACAACUGCAUCGAUGUGCUCGCAUGCUUGCCCAGCAGCCAGAGAAAGGCAGUGGAGGAGGAGCUCGAGUGCUCUCUCGUCCUGCUUGACCUCUGCAGCGCCAUUCAAGAGAGCUUUGUGGAACUCAAAGCCAGUGUCCAGGAGAUGCAGUUGGCUCUCAAAAGAGGAGACAACGCGGCUCUUCAGACCAAGAUUCAGUGCUACGCGCGCUCAGCUAAGAAGGCGCAGAAGCUGUUCAAGAAGGUCAACAAGAAGACUGCCUCUAACAUCGAAGGAUGCAGGGUGAUCAACCUGGUCGCUGAAGCGAGGGAAAUUGCCUUGUCGAUCCUCGAAUCGAUAUUGCAUCUCCUGUCGAAGCAAACUGCGGUUCCAAGUUCUAGCAAGUGGUCACUUGUCUCCAAGUCAUACCAAAAGAAGAGAAUCAUGUGCGAGGCAGAGCAGUUGCAAGGGUUGGAGCUGGACAUCGUUGGUCUUGAGAGCGGAGUUGGGACUUUGUUCAGGACGUUGAUCCAGAGCAGAGUCUCUCUUCUGAAUACUCUUAGCUUGUAGACAGACCAUACAACAACUCUGACCCCCUGCGAUUAGCAUCCGCCUUUUACAGGAUCUGCUGAUCAUACAAACAAUUUUGUAUGUAGAUAUGUAUAUAUGUCCAGAAAGUGUACAGAAAAUUCCUCAAAUGAAAGACACAGUUUUUGGUACAUUUCCUGUUGAGAGUUGGUCUAUCUCUUGUGAUUAAUUUUAUUGUGUGCAUGCUUGCCUGUCAUGCAAAGGCAAGCCAAUCAAGUACUAAGGUCAUAUCAUUUGAACUGUUAUGCAAAUACAAGUUCUCCUAUGUUCAAUAUCAGUAUAAGAAAAAUGAGUUGGCCAGAA